AUGCAGGGAAUCUAUCCGCGCAAGCGUCUAGGAGAGGAUGGAAAACCAUUCAUCGUGGGUCAGUGGCAGCUUGACACUGCUCUAGCUGACUCUACGAACAGGGAGAUGGUCUGGGCAGGCGAAGUCAAGUGGAAUGUGGUCCCGAAGAAGGAGAUGGAGAACUCGGCCGCCUUGUGCUGGGCAGUCAAGGCCGAAGAUGGCAGUGACAAGCUGGUAUAUCAAUGUGUCAAUGCAGGACUGUAA